AUGUUUCUCGUUCCAUCCGGGGAGACCUUAACCUUCGGUGAUGAUAAUUUUAUCCAAUACGAAAAUGCUGGGGUCCGUGAGGCAAGGAAGGCUGCAUUUGUCCUUGUUGCUGGGGGGCUUGGAGAGCGUCUUGGCUAUAACGGCAUAAAGGUGGCGCUUCCAGUAGAGUCUACUACUGGAACAUGUUUCUUACAGCACUACAUUGAAUCUAUUCUUGCCUUACAAGAGACGAGCUGUAGGCUAGCUCCAGGAGAAGGACCAACAGAGAUUCCUUUGGCGAUAAUGACAUCAGAUGACACUCAUUAUCGUACGAUACAGCUUUUGGAGUCAAAUGCUUAUUUUGGGAUGAAACCUUCUCAGAUAAAAUUGCUAAAGCAGGAAAAAGUUGCUUGUUUAGAUGAUAAUGAUGCCAGGCUAGCAGUGGACCCAAAGAAUAAGUACAGAAUCCAGACAAAACCUCAUGGACAUGGUGAUGUUCAUUCACUUCUUUAUUCGAGUGGCCUCCUUAAAGAAUGGCUGGCAGUUGGACGAAAGUGGGUUUUGUUUUUCCAAGAUACUAAUGGUCUUCUGUUCAAGGCAAUUCCGUCUGCCUUGGGUGUGAGUGUCAUCAAAGAGUAUCAUGUUAAUUCUCUUGCAGUUCCUAGGAAAGCUAAGGAAGCUAUUGGUGGGAUUACCAGGCUCACUCAUCGAGAUGGGAGGACAAUGGUGAUCAAUGUGGAAUACAAUCAACUAGAUCCAUUGUUAAGGGCUACAGGGCAUCCAGAUGGUGAUGUUAACUGUGAAACAGGAUAUUCUCCUUACCCUGGAAACAUAAACCAGUUGAUUUUUGAAAUCGGCCCUUAUCUGGAGGAACUUUCAAAAACUGGAGGUGCCAUAAAGGAGUUUGUUAACCCCAAAUACAAAGAUUCUACCAAAACUGCCUUCAAAUCAUCUACCCGGCUUGAAUGUAUGAUGCAAGACUACCCAAAAACUCUGUCACCUUCUGCUAGAGUUGGAUUUACUGUGAUGGAUGCUUGGUUUGCUUAUGCACCUGUGAAAAACAAUCCUGAAGAUGCAGCUAAGGUACCUAAAGGUAAUCCAUAUCACAGUGCUACAUCAGGAGAAAUGGCCAUCUAUAGGGCAAACAGCCUUAUUUUGCGAAAGGCUGGUGUUAAGGUAGAUGAUCCAGCUCAACAAGUGUUCAACGGGCAACAAGUGGAAAUUUGGCCUCGAAUUGUAUGGAAACCCUAUUGGGGUCUCACAUUUUCAGAUGUCAAAAGAAAAGUCACCAGAAAUUGCUCGAUCACUGGAAAAUCAACCCUUGCACUAAAGGGCCAAAGCAUCUACCUCGAAGACCUCGUGUUAGAUGGCGCUCUUAUCAUUGAUGCUGUAGAUAGUGCAGAGGUCAAAGUGGGUGGUUUCGUGCAAAAUGCCGGAUGGGUCAUUGAGAAUGUCGAUUAUAAAGAUACCUCGGUGGCCGAAGAAGUUAGAAUCAGGGGUUUCAAAAUAAACAAAGUCGAGCAGUUGGAAAAAUCGUACAAUGAGCCCGGAAAAUACUCAUUGAAACCUUGA